AUUUUAAAUCUACUUUUCCAAAUCUUGAGAUUGCUUUCUCUUGCUUCUUUCUGUCUUUAUAAGGGAAAUCCCAGAUAGCUCUAUAUAUAUAUAAGAACUUAGAAUACUUGCAUCACAGCAGGCUUUUACUUGUGCACAUUUGCUAAAACUAAGACAAAAAGAUGGCCAAUCACCAAAAUUCUGCCAAUGGUUGGUCCAAGCCAAGUGAUCAAAGAACAACCGGAAAGGUCAUCACUUGCAAAGCUGCUGUUGUAUGGGGUCCAGGGCAACCUUUUGUGAUGGAACAAGUUCAAGUCGACCCACCUCAGAAAUUGGAGGUUCGAAUCAAGAUCCUCUUCACCUCAAUCUGUCAUACUGAUCUUAGUGCUUGGCAAGGAGAGAAUGAAGCUCAAAGAGCCUUUCCUCGAAUUCUAGGCCAUGAAGCUUCUGGAAUUGUUGAGAGUGUGGGUGACGGUGUCAAGGACAUGAAAGAAGGGGACCGUGUGAUUCCAAUCUUCAAUGGAGAGUGUGGAGACUGCAAAUGUUGCAAGUCUGAGAAAACAAAUAUUUGCCAAAACUUUGGGGUGAAUCCCUUUAAGAAAGUGAUGAACAACGAUGGGACAAGUAGGUUUUCAACAAAAGAUGGAAAACCCAUUUACCAUUUUCUCAACACAUCAACUUUCAGUGAGUACACAGUCCUUGAAUCUGCUUGUGUGGUGAAGAUUGAUCCUGAGGCUCCCCUCAAGAAGAUGACCAUGCUCAGUUGUGGUGUUUCAACUGGAGUUGGUGCUGCAUGGAACACGGCCAAUGUGCAAGCUGCCUCGACAGUCGCCAUCUUCGGCUUAGGUUCCGUGGGACUUGCUGUUGCUGAAGGCGCAAGAGCCAGAGGAGCAUCUAAAAUAAUAGGCGUUGACAUUAACCCCAAUAAAUUCAUCAAAGGUCAAGCAAUGGGAGUGACAGAUUUCAUAAAUCCAAGUGAACCCGGAAAGCCCUUGCAUGAGAGGAUCAGAGAAAUAACAGAUGGUGGAGUGGACUAUAGCUUUGAGUGUAUAGGGAACUUGGAUGUUCUGAGAGAGGCCUUUCUGUCCACACAUGAGGGGUGGGGGUUUACUGUGGUUUUGGGAAUUCAUCCAACCCCAAAAAUGCUCCCUCUCCAUCCAAUGGAGUUGUUUCAUGGUCGAGGAAUUAUUGGAUCUGUGUUUGGAGGCUUCAAAGGGAAGUCCCAACUCCCUCAUUUUGCACAAGAAUGCAUGCAUGGGGUUGUGGAUUUGGAUAAGUUCAUAACGCACGAGCUUCCCUUUGAGAAGAUAAACGAUGCAUUUCAGUUGCUCAUUGAAGGCAAGUCGCUGAGAUGCGUUUUACAGCUCUGAGCUUUUCAUGCAACUUGCAAGCUGGACAUGGAUGGCCAGAGGCCUCUGUUUCACGGAUUGUGCUUUUGCUUGCAGUUGGAUUUUGGAGCAUGCCAUCUAAUUUAGUCAAAGUAGGCCUUGAGUUGACACAAAGGUUUUCUUACCUUGUGAUGUAUUAAACAGUUGUAUUGUGAUUGGCUUUUAAUGCAUUACUAUUUAAUUAA